CCCAUCCACCCCUCACCAGAAAGCUCCUCAUAUGUUAUGUCCCAUUGAGGAUCAGAGGAGGGAGGAGGGGUGAGGGAGAAGUGAGGGACUCUGGGAGUGUUGUGUGAAAAAGAAGUGCAGGCCAACGAGCGAGACAAAAGGAGGCUGCGGCUGCAUUGAAUGCGCUGGGUGGUGUGGCCAUAGUCUCCGGAGCCACAAGCAGAAACCACAUUAACCCCCCUCUGGCCUUCACGCUACAGACGGCGAGGAAGAAGAAUUAUAUAUAUAUAUGUAGAGGAGGAGGGAGAGAGAGAGAGAAAGAGAGAGAGAGGGGGAAAGCGGUCGAAGUCGCUGGAAGUUGAGGAGCCAAGAAGAGAGAGAGAGAGCGAGCGAGCGAGCUCCCCCCUGGACCCCGGGUGUUCCUCCUCUCCUGUCCGCGUCGAGUGCGCUGCGCUGCGGUGGUGCGGUGCGGUGCGCUGCGGUGGCUGGUGGAGAUAUAACCCAGAACAAAGGAGUCUUGGAAGCGAGGAAUGAGCGAGCCGAGACUAGCGCUGCCAUUACCUCUGAAACCGGGCCAAAUGCCUCUGUGAGCGCCACAAUAGCAGUAGGUACCUCUCGGCUGCUCGCAUUUCUCGACGAAGCUUUCCGCCCCGAAAGAAAGACAGAAAGAAAAAAAAAAGAAACGCUGAGACGCACAAGUCGGCGGCUACAAUGUUUCCUCAAAACCGACAACCGGCCCCUUUGCAGCCGCCCCCUGGGUCCUCUGCCUCAGUGGUGGCAGCUGCAGCUGCAGCAGCGGCGGCAGCAUCGGGGGCGCCCCAGUCACUGAAACUAACCUACCCAGAAACUUUGGACCGCAUCAAGGAGGAGUUUCAGUUCCUGCAGACCCAGUACCACAGUUUGAAAAUGGAGUGUGAGAAACUGGCUACAGAGAAGACUGAGAUUCAGAGACACUAUGUUAUGUAUUAUGAGAUGUCCUAUGGCCUUAACAUUGAAAUGCACAAACAGACGGAGAUUGCCAAGCGGUUGAAUGUGAUCUGUGCUCAGCUCAUCCCAUUUCUGUCACAGGAGCAUCAACAACAGGUGGUCCAGGCCAUGGAACGCGCCAAACAGGUGACCAUGGGGGAGCUAAAUGCUUCGAUAGGGGUACGUGGGCUCCCCCCUCUGCCUCAUAGCCAGCUUCAGGCACAGCACCUUUCCCAGCAUGCCCAGGGGUUGCCAAUGGGCCCACACCCAUCAGGACUGCCCCACCCCGGCUUGGCACUUGGCGGAGGAUCCAGCCUGCUGGCCCUGUCCGGGGCUCUGGGGGCUCAGUUGGCUGCCAAGGAUGAGAGAGCCCACCUAGAGGCAGCAGCGGCCGCUGCUGCUGCUGCAGAGCACCACAGAGACCGUGAAGCAGGACCAAGCUCGCUGUCCAACGGGGAUAAGGGUCGCUCAGCAGACUACCUCAGCAAUGGCAAGAAGAGGAAAGCUGAUGAGAAGGAGUUCAUGACGGACUAUGGCAGCGAUGCAGAUAAGAGUGAUGAUAAUUUGGUGGUGGAUGAGGACCCGUCGUCCCCACGCAGCGUGCAGUCCUACUCAUCCAGAGAGAACGGUUUGGACAAGAUGCCCCAGUCUCGUAAGGAGGGUCCACCGCAGGCCAGCCCCACCUCCCUGGCCUCCUCCAGCAGCGCCCCCUCCCCCUCCCGCGGCAAAGAGCCCCCACAGAGGGAGAAAUCCAGCACUCCAGGUAUGAAGCCAGGGACCCCCAUGUCUCAAGAGUCCAACACCCCAGGACCCAGUGGACCGCCACAGUUCAGACCUGUCCCAGGCAAACCUGGUGUCGACCCCCUCGCUCUGGGUCUCAGAAACCCUCUAGCGGUGCAGGGAGCGUACCCUCCGGGGGCGUUUGGCCUGCCGCCUCCAGGGGUGAAUGGGGACCUGCCCGGGGCGGCGGGCUACGGCGCAGGCCUCCACUUGGUUUCCCCCCAGAUGAACGGAGCUGCAGCAGCAGCGGCGGCAGCUGCUGCCGCUGGCUACGGACGGUCCCCUGUGGUGGGCUAUGAAUCUCCACACCCACACAUGAGGGUCCCUGGGCUUCCUGCCAGCCUGCAGUCAGCUGCCUCCGGAAAACCCGCCUACUCGUUCCAUGUGAGCGCAGACGGCCAGAUGCAGCCGGUGCCCUUUCCCCCCGACGCCUUGCUGGGUCCGGGAAUCCCUCGUCACGCACGUCAGAUCCACACCCUGAACCACGGGGAGGUGGUGUGCGCCGUCACCAUCAGCACCUCGACACGGCACGUCUACACUGGAGGGAAGGGCUGCGUCAAGGUGUGGGACAUCAGCCAGCCGGGCAGCAAGAGCCCCAUGGCCCAGCUGGACUGUCUGAACAGGGAUAACUACAUCCGCUCCUGCAAGCUGUUGUCCGACGGCCGGACCCUUAUCGUCGGCGGGGAGGCCAGCACGCUGUCCAUCUGGGAUUUGGCCACACCCACUCCCCGUAUCAAGGCAGAGCUAACGUCGUCCGCCCCCGCCUGCUACGCUCUGGCAAUUUCCCCCGACAACAAAGUCUGCUUCUCCUGCUGCAGCGACGGCAACAUCGUCGUCUGGGACCUUCACAACCAGACGCUGGUCAGGUAA